ACUCAAAGUGAGUCAAACUGUUAACUUAAUCAUAAUGUUAUUUAUAUUUUAUAUUAUAACAAUUUUUAGGUCGGGGUAGUCAUUAUCCCGCACCCAGGCGCAGGCACAACUCACAGGCACAGCCGCAGCAGCUGCAGCUUAGUUCUCAAAACAGAUCUAAUGUUAGGCCUACGGCUACGUUGCACUCUAGUUUUUACUCGCAUUCUCAAAUAAGUUAUUUCACGAUUUUCAGACACGAUCACCAAGAUGCAACUGUUUGUCCGAGCUGAUGAGACCCACACCCUUGAGGUGACUGGCGAAGAAUCUGUUGCCGAUCUGAAGGCCAAAAUCCAGGAGCUGUCCGGCUUCUCAGCCUCAGAGCAGGUCCUGUCUUGCUGCGGCACACCCCUGGAUGAUGACCUUACCCUAUCCCAGAAUGGACUUCUUGAACUGAUGACCCUUGAACUCUCUGGACGUCUGCUCGGAGGAAAAGUUCACGGAUCCCUUGCCCGUGCCGGUAAAGUGCGAGGCCAGACCCCCAAGGUUGAUCCCCAGGAGAAGAAGAAGAAGAAGGUCGGACGUGCCAAGCGCCGCAUGCAGUACAACCGCCGAUUCGUCAACGUUGUGCAGACCUUCGGCAAGAGGCGUGGACCCAACUCCAACUCCUAAGCUGUCCUACAAUGCCAGAGAACGUUGCAUACACACACUUGUAAAAUAGUCCGUAUGUUGGUCAGAUAAUUGAAUAUAAUCUGCUCAUAUGCAACAGCAA